AUGGGGAAAACCACGAGCAAACUGGAUAAACGACGGUCUCAGAGCAUUUCCUGGAGCUACAAGUUCGGCACGGCCAGCCGCCGGAAGAAGCAUGCCGCCCUGGUCAUCACCUCGCUGCCGCACAUGGAGACGGCGGAAUGGUUGCAGCGGUUGGACUUGGCCGAGUAUGGAGACAAAUUUAAAUCGUUCAACGGUGUGGAGGAGUUGCUGUUUCUCACCGAGGCGGACAUCAAGAAGCUUGGCAUCCGGAACAAUGCCCACCGGGCGCGAAUCGUCAGUAGCCUCGUGGCCCUUCGCGAAAAGCUGGUACAAGAGUCCAACUCAAAGGCAAACCAACGGAAUGGAACGGAUGGAGUGCAUCAGCACAAAAGGGCGUUGCUGCGGCACAGCGUGGCGGUGGAUGGAGCCAGAAGCAACCACACGGCAAGCACGUUGGCCGAAACGGAAAGCAUCUACGAAUGUCUGUCGCCGGCAAACACCAAGCAGAGUAAGAGCUGUGGCGAUCUUUUAGAUAUGGAAACAACAACACCGGACGGCGGAAAUGAAGCUGUUGCACUGAAGAAGGCCCUCGAGUGGGAGCUCUCGCUGGACUCGCGGGACCUACGAUCGCACGCCUGGUACCAUGGGCCGAUCCCGCGGCAGCGGGCGGAGGAGAUCGUGCAGAGGGAGGGCGACUUCCUGGUGCGCGACUGCGUCUCGCAGCCGGGCAACUACGUGCUCACGUGCCGAACCAAGGGACCCACGCUUCACUUCGUUAUCAACAAGCUGCUGCUGCAACCCGAAACCGUAUACGAGCGAGUACAGUACCAGUUCGAGGAUGACGCGUACGACACAGUUCCUGAUUUGAUUACCUUCUACGUAGGCUCCGGCAAAGCUAUAUCGGUUGCGUCGGGAGCGAGAAUUCAAUUUCCGUGCAACCGAACAUACCCGCUGUCGUUCUACGCCGGAAAGUGUCCACAGAAUGCCGUCGGUAUGGCCGGCAUCCGUGGACCGAGUCCACUUAAUUCACCCUCGCCGGUGCCGUCUUCACCGGGCUUUCGGUACAACCCAUAUACGCAGCAGACGAACUCGUACCGCAGCCCGAUGUCGUCGCCACCUCGGACCAAACGGGAAACUCCGCCACGGUUGCCAAGCAAAAAGCAACGCUCGCAAUCGCUCACCCCACUACAAGCGGGCCAGAGCGCAGGGGGUCAACAGCAGCAGUUUAGUAGCAGUGGCGAUGGAGUCAUCAGCAGCGCAACGAACGGUGCCACGGAAGGCAAACCGCCGGGACUCACGAGACCAUCGCGGCUUGCCGAUUCCACCGAGAAGUGCAACAGUGCGGACGGGGUCAUACACAGCUCCGACACGACCAACGGGAGACCGCUGGCGGGGGAAGAAAAGAGUUCCAGUGCUGAUGGGGUCGUAAAAUCGCAAACCCUGUCACGCCCCUGUUCGACGGACACCGGGGGAACGUUGGCACAGCUCAAGAGCAGCUCGCAAUCGUUACCUCGUUCGGCCAGUCUGCGAUCGUCGCACGGGAAACUCAGUUCGCGGGCAUCCAGCAUCAACAAGGAACCGAGCGAGCACUCGCUGAGCCCGUGCCUGGAGCAGAAACAGUUCGCGGAGGACGACGAGCAACCACCGAGUCCACCACCGAAACCGAUCCGUGGCGGCGCAGGUGGAGGGACGCUGCAGAGGCGCGAGUCGAUGAAGGACUCCGAUACGCAAUCCGCGGUACAGGGUGGCCACGGCGUUCACGGAGGAGGGCGUGGAGGGAUGGGCUCGUACCAUCCGAGUGGUUCCGACUCCGGCAAUGGAUCCGGUGAUUCGGCCCAGAGUUCCGCCACGGGGGAGGAGGUAGCGUUGCCGCACCGUGGGGUUGGCGGAGUGGUACUAAAAAAUCCUCGCUUCAUGCCGACCUCCCUGUCGUCGGUGACGCUACGAUCGCACGCGGAAAUUGAUCCGGUGGCGGCCGAGGAAGCACUGCUGGCGAUGCAGAUACCGAGCUUCGAGCAGAUUUCUCGGUUCGAUUUGGAAAAUUUCAACACGUUGCUGCUGCCGUUUUGUGACUGCAAGCCGCUGGACAGUGGCACGCUAAACACCUUCCGGAUGAUGCUGUGCGAGUCCGGACCGCGCGUCAUUGCGAACCAUCUGACGAGGGUCGAUAUAGGAUUGAUAUUAGAGAAAGACGAAAGUCGAAAGGACGACCCACUGAACUGUACAGGGCUUGAGCUGAUAACGCUCGAUCAGGGUAAACAGUACCGACUCGAUUUGAUCGAGCGAACCGAAUGCAUGAAGCUGCUGGUGGCCGUCACUAUCCUCACCUGCCAGAGUGACCUUGAGCGUGCGGAAACCCUCAACAAGUGGAUUCAGAUUGCGGUCGAAACGAAAACGGCCCUCGGUAACCUGUUCGGGUUCAGUGCCAUCAUGCUGGGACUCUCGAUGCCACAGAUUCAAAAACUCGAAUCGACCUGGCAUAUGCUGCGCCAAAAGUUCACCGAUAGUGCAUUCAACUUCGAAGCGAAGCUACGACCAACGCUGAACAGUAUGAACGAUUGCUCAAACCCGCAGGCACCGAACACGACCAUCCCGCACAUACUGCCCUACGUGCUGGUUAAGGAUCGCACUAUAAACGACGUCUUCGCAAAUCCCACGUCCGCAUGUCCAUCGCUGGUUGCGUGCUGUGUUACGCCGUGGGAAACCAACAAUCAGGACUUUGGCUUUUCGGUUCUCUUCGCACACCUCGAUGCAGCACGCAGCUUUAUCAGCAAUCUAUCCCUCUAUAAAAAGAAUGCUCAAACCAUCCUGCAGGACACGAGCCGUCUCGAUCCGCUGAUGGAGGAUGCGUUCAAGACCGAGUUUCAGAUGAAAUUCCUCUGGGGAAGCAAAGGUGCGCUGGUUCCGGCGGAGGAGCGCCAUGCCAAAUUUGAACACGUGCUCACGGUGAUGGCGGAAAAGUUUUGUGGUGAUCCGUCAGCGGGAUAG